CGCGGAUUAUAUGGAUCGCGCGACACCUGAAAACACCCCGCCUAGACCAGCGAAGAGGAGACAGGUUAGUCACCAUAACGAGGAUGAGAUCGCCAAGAAUUGGGUGGUGGUUCCUCCGAACACCACCCCAUCGAAGCCCCAACCGAAAAGCCCAGCCAGAUAUAGUCUGCCAACUGCCUCUUCCGCAAACCGACGAUCGGUUGCCGGCCGACCAGCCUCACGAGCAGGCGCGAUAGGAAUGGGAGCGAGGCGAUCAAUGGUUCCGCGCGUAUCGCAUGCUGGGUCACCUGCCCUACAUACAAAUCACGGCGCCAGCUUCGCAAGCCCUAGAUCCCCAGGCGCAAGCAAGAUCCCCAGAGCGAGCCCGAUACGUGGCACCCCAAGUUCAGUCAAGGCGGAUAGCGCUGCGGCGAAAGAGGCACAGCGAUGGGCGGCCCAGAGGAAGAAAGAGGAAAGGGAAGCAGACGAGAGUAUCAGGCGGCUGGACGCUCAACUCAAGGCCAUGAUCCGAGAGGGCAAGGAAGCGCUGGGUACGAAGAUCGAGGUCGAAAUGGAUGAUGAUUUGUAGGAAGAUGGUGCGCAAUAUUCAAACCAUCUGACCUCGCAUGUCCUGACAGCGAAAAAUCCCACGGCAUCUUCAUUCAGUCUGUCUUCCACUUGGACACACUAUCAUAAUGCCAGGGAAACUCUCAGCCCGCCUAAUAAAACAUCACGCACGCACUUGAUAUACCCCUCCCCCUCAGUCUUAAUAAUCGAGCAAAAGCCUAGUAGGAUAUGGAGCACUCGCAUUUGCAUUUCCAAGCAUUUCUGGCGUUCGGAUGACUGGAUCAAUGGUUUCUCAAUUGGGGGUAAAAUCAUGAACUCUUCUUUGCUGCAUUCAGGGGUUAGUCGCGCCGCGGGAUGUUAGAUACCUUAGGUAGAUACUCGAUGAUUCUUUGGUAGCUAGCUAGGUACCUUAGGAUAGAGAAGAGGCAGGCAUGAUACCUAGCUUGCUUGCUUGCUUCGCGAGAGAAUUCUAAUUUAAAUAAAUCCGAGAG